CAUCCAAUACGAAAUCGGGUCCAAGCUUCCUCUCUCCACGGUUUCGCGAUCGGAUGGCGGACCCAUCGGAGUCUUCGCCGCUGGUUCCGCCGUCUCCGAUGGCUGAGCCUAGCGAUAUCGAUCUCGAAGCGGGGCCCUGUGAGCAGAUUCAAUGUCGAAUUUGCCUUGAAUCCGAUGGUAGGGAUUUCAUAGCUCCAUGCAAAUGCAAAGGAACGUCAAUGUAUGUACAUAGGGAAUGUUUGGAUCAUUGGAGAUCUGUCAAGGAAGGGUUUGCAUUUGCACACUGCACAACCUGCAAGGCCAGGUAUUAUCUGAGAGUUCAUUGCGCCGCAGAUAGGAAAUGGCGGACAUUGAAGUUUCGGUUCUUUGUUACCCGAGAUAUUUUGUUCAUAUUUCUUGCUGUCCAGAUUGUAAUUGCUGCAUUGGGCUACUUGGUCUAUUUUGUAGAUGGUUACCAGAAAUCAUGGCUUCGUCAUAUUUGGGGUUUUGACAGUGAGGUCACGUUUUAUUACAUGUGUGGAGCUUUAUUGUUCUUUGCUUUGUUGGGUCUAUCUGGAUGCUUCAUAACUUGUUACGAUCGAAGAGUUCGGAAUGACUUAGCUCAGCCUUGCCGAGAAUUAUGCCUCUGCUGCUGUCACCCUGGGAUAUGCACAGACUGUCAUCUACCAGGGACUCUUUGCAUGUGGACGGACUGCACCACAUGCUUUGAAGGGUGUGCAAGUGCAGCCAGCGAAUGCGGUGGUUGUCUAAGUGGUGCCGGAGAAGCCGGAUUGCCAUUGCUCUUCAUAAUGGCAUUGAUAGUUCUCGGUCUAUUUACCGUAAUUGGCAUAUUCUACAGUGUACUCGUGGCCACGAUGGUUGGACAACGCAUUUGGCAGCGCCAUUACCACAUACUUGCUAAAAGAAUGCUUACAAAGGAAUAUGUGGUGGAGGAUGUUGAUGGAGAGAUGACCGGUUCUGAAUGGUCACCUCCACCUCUGCCACCUGAGCAUGUUCACCAGCUUAAAACGCUCGGCCUUCUUUGAAACCAUUUCAAGUGAAACAAGCUGAGGCAUAACAUAAACUUGGGUUGACGCCCUAUUUCUCAGCAGGUCAGACUUCUCCUUACUCCUAAGUCCUAAGCCCUUGAACUCUGAAUUAACACACGUGAAAUCUAUCCGACUCGCCUUCGGACAGACCUUGACAAGUUUUAUCUUAUGGAUUGUACAUUCGUAAGAAGAUAUAUAAGUCGAUUGGAUACAAAAUCUUUACAGAUUUUUGAAAUCUCGACCCGUUUUUAUUGUGAAGUCGAUUUUCGGGUUUUAUUGUCCACUCGAGUUAUAUGGCAUACGUCAUAGAGUGAUUUUGGAUCUGGCUGUAAAUCUGGUCUGGAUGAUGUGAUGCAUUUGUUCUUAUAAUAGUUUGAUUCUCCUCAA